AUGGAAGGUGCUUGUGAAGCUUCACUGGCCUGUUCCACAUGUCACGUUUAUGUUGAUAAAGAUCACUAUGACAAAUUGAAUGAACCAAAGGAAGAAGAAGAUGAUAUGCUUGAUCAGGCCCCGGCUUUGCGUCACAACUCUCGUCUAGGGUGUCAAAUUAUACUUCGGAAGGAUCUUGACGGGAUAAAAGUAACACUACCUCCAAUCACUCGAAACUUUUAUGUCGAUGGGCACGUCCCACAGCCGCACUAG